AUGGAAGAAUCAAUUCAGUGCCCCAGGGAGGUCCCUCAUGACACCCACCCAACGAUCACUGAGUCAACGAGCUACCUCAGCGCAGUCGGCGUCUCGAUGGUCCCAAAAGUACCGGUCGAGCUGGAUUACAUCUCGUCUGGGAACUAUGCUUCGCUCGCCGCAUCGAACCUUCCGAUUCUCGGCCCGACAGAGGAAUGUCAAAGAUGGCGCUGCACAGGAAUCGCUUUCGCUAAGCCAAAGGUUGAAGAAACUCUCGAGGGAGUACGGCUGGUCGGCUUCGGCACAGACCGAAUCGGGCAACUUGAGCAUUGGGUCGUCUCCAACGUUAAGAAGAUAAUCCCUUAUUCAGUACAGAACUGGUGGUCCGAAUCCAGGGCCGCGCUUAGCCAUGCUGAAACCGAACAGCUGGGCAGCGAUGAUAUCAGCGAGGCCGUCGAAAUGGCAGGUUGGGGAGUGGAGGAGGCGGAGCGGCGCAAUAAGGCGGAAGCUAGCCUAGGAACUCAGCUGGCGUUGGCCUACGCAAUCCACAAAAGUUUCAUCUUCCUCAGAGUACCUCUGACCGCCGCGGUAACGCCAAAGGUUGUCAAGGUGCUCAGAUCAUGGGGAUGGCAGAUCGGCAAGCGGCGGAGCAAAUAA